AUGGACUAUAAAGGACAUGGAACUCAUGUCGCUGGGAUAAUAGCGGGUGAAAACGAGUGGUUUACUGGGGUGGCUCCUGGCGCAGAACUCUUGGUCUUCAAGGUCUUCUCAGACGAGCCUGGCCAGUCGGAUACGACCGAAGACGUCCUCAUACAAGCCUUUUGUGACGCUUAUAGUGCCGGCGCCGACGUAAUUACGGCAAGCAUUAAUCGACCUGGUGGAUUCAUUGAUAGUCCUUGGGCUUUGGUCGCCAACCGAAUUGUUGAACGUGGAGUGUUUGUGUCCAUUGCUGCUGGAAACGAGGGCGCAAAAGGGCCGUUUUACUCUGGAGUAGGGUCGAACGGGCGCCAUGUCGUUUCGGUGGCGGCCAUUAAUGCCACUGGCGAUCCAUUGCCAUCAAAUUCGGACUCACAGCGUAGACCAAUUGCCGCAUAUUUUACUUCCUGGGGGCCGACAAACGAACUUAUCAUGAAACCAGACAUUGGAGCACCUGGGUACAAUAUUCUCAGUACUUACCUUAACCAAGGAUUUGAGACAGACAGCGGAUCGUCCAUGGCGGCACCUUAUAUCGCAGGCAUCGCAGCCUUAUACAUCGCACACCAUGGUGGUCGAGAGCUACAUGGCCCAGGCUUUGCAAAAGGCUUGGCAGAAAGAAUUGUUGCAAGCGGUCGAAAUGUUGCUUGGAGUACAGGCGAGGCUGCUUUGAAUGAAUCUGCGCCCCCGUUCCAGGUUGGAACCGGGCUCGUGGACGCUUGGAAGGUUUUGAAUUACACUACUCAAGUCUCGUUCGAACCGAUCUCACUUCUCGAUACCGAGUUGUUCCAAGCCGAGUGGAAUAUUGAAGUAACGAACAACGCGGACCAGAUGGUAAAAUAUUCAUUCGAACACGAGUCUCUUCCAGGAGUAGAAGUAUAUGAUGGAGUCAGCGAUAUCCGUCUCUUAUCCCAACUACAGCCCUUGAGCAUAGUGCCCAGCGUCUCUCUUCCUUCGAACCACACCCUCCGCUCUGGCCAGUCCAAGUCAUUCAGGCUUCGAUUUGAGCUGCCAUCUGGGGUCGACGACGAUAUGCUUCCAUUGUACAGUGGCAAAAUCUGGAUUAAAGGUGACAAUGGCGAGCAGCUCUGCAUUCCAUACGGAGGAGCUGCAUAUGAUACCGAAAAAGCAUUUGAUACCAUGUUCGAUGGUACACCGAUCAUAGACGGUUGGCACGACGGUGCUGUGUGGUCCUUUGACCCUGCGAAAACGCCAGGAGAUUUUGCAGAUAUAUCCGGUCGACUCAGCUACCCUUGUUUUCAUCUCCGCUGGGAUAUUUUCGAGGCCGGUUGGACCGAAUCGGAGUGGCAAUACCCUCCCGAAGUUGGCGAAAAUCAAUAUGUUGGAUCUGCUACCUCAGUGCGUGAUUCUGACAAGUUCCUAUGGUUUGAUGCGUCAGAAGUCGACAUAAAUGACACGGUUUCAUUCCCUUUGACCCGCAUACCCCGAGGAUACCAGCGAUAUUGGUGGUUCGGAAAGCUGUCAAACGGAACCCAGAUAUCUCCUGGCAACUACUCGUAA